AAUAUGUAGGUAGCAUGGGGUUGUUUUGGUCCUUUUAUAGAACUCACCUCCAUCUUCAAAAACCCUAAUUUAUACUGCAGUCUCAUAUAUGACAGAUUCUCUGCCCGAAGCAGCAGCGGAGACACAGCGAGGGGGGAGAGAGAGCGUGCUCCAGAGGGUCAAGGAUGGGCGCAUACACUUACGUGUCGGAGCUAUGGAGGAAGAAGCAGUCGGAUGUGAUGAGGUUUUUGCUGAGGGUGAGGUGCUGGGAGUAUCGCCAGCAUUCUUCGAUUGUGCGUGUCACUCACCCCACUCGCCCUGACAAGGCUCGUCGAUUGGGUUACAAGGCCAAGCAGGGUUAUGUGAUUUAUCGUGUUCGUGUAAGACGUGGUGGGAGAAAGCGACCUGUUCCUAAGGGUAUCGUAUACGGUAAACCCACAAAUCAAGGUGUCACUCAGCUGAAAUUCCAACGCAGCAAGCGCUCAGUUGCGGAGGAACGUGCUGGUCGGAAGUUAGGUGGGCUGAAGGUUCUCAACUCAUACUGGAUCAAUGAGGAUUCCACUUACAAAUAUUACGAGGUAAUCUUGGUUGAUGCCGCCCAUAAUGCAAUCCGUAAUGACCCGAGGAUCCAAUGGAUCUGCAAGCCAGUUCACAAGCACAGAGAGCUUCGUGGACUCACCUCUGCUGGUAAGAAAUACAGAGGCCUUCGUGGAAAGGGACAUUUGCACCACAAGGCAAGACCAUCAAGGAGGGCUACUUGGAAGAGGAACAACACGCUCUCUCUCCGCCGCUACCGCUGAUUUUUGUCAUGUUGGAGUUAUUAUUAUUAUUAUUAUCAUCCUAGUUUUGGGUCUUCUUUUUCCUGGAUUUCUUGUUCUUGCUUUAAGACCAGCAGUUUCAUAUUUCUUGGUUGAACUUGGUUUAACAAUAUCAAUUGCCAUAGUUGUAAUAUGGGAUUCUUGGGUCACGUUUGACUACCUUUUCGCCAUUGUUAUUGGAUUUUUGUUUGAUUAUUUUGA